AUGGCGACGCUUGGCGACGCGCGGUGCCACGUCCCAGUCCUUGCUCACGUAGACCUGGACUGCUUCUACUGCCAAGUGGAGCACCGCCGACUGGGGAUCCCGCGAUCCGAGCCUCUCGUCGUUCGCCAGUGGCAGUCUGCCAUUGCGGUGAAUUACCCGGCUCGGCGGCUCGGCAUUCGCCGCGGCGACCGCUGCAGCGCAAUCUCGCAGAAGUUUCCACAGGUCCACAUCGUUCACGUUGACGUAAUUCGCGUCGCGGCAGAAGAGGCGUCUGCAGCUGCUCCCCGGGCUGCUUCUUCCGCGUCUUCUGCGUCGCCUGGCUGCGCGUGCGAGGCCCCAGAGGCGCCGCCUCCCGACGGUCCACCAGACAACCGAAAUCCGCUCGAGCGCGCGGCGUGCCUCGCUCUUCGCGGCGACAAACGAGCCAAAGUCACCUUCUCCGACUUCACGACGGGCAAUAGAGGCUCGGACAAGGUGUCGCUGGCGCGAUACAGACUGGCCUCAGAUGAAGUCCUUUCGCUACUCGUGGAGCAGUGCCCUUGCGUGGAGCGCGCCUCGAUCGACGAAGUGUAUCUCGACCUCACCAGCCAAACUGCAGAGCUCCUUGCGCCCUUCUUUCACCACUUGAAAGCCUCUCAAGCCCCUGAAUCGCGCGGCUCGUCCUCCUUGCAGACUCCUGAGUCGCGCCUGGACGCCUGCGGCGCUCCCGAGGGGGACGGCGCACAUGCGUUGCAGACCAAGGCAGAGCCUAUCCUCUCGUCGCCAGGAGGGUCGGCGCCUCCUGUAGCGGACGCGAACCGCGACUGCGCGCUCAGCACCGCGGCGCUGACUCCGCCCCAGCCCACUCUGCGAGCCCAGUCGUCACCGCAGGCAGCGCCUCCGCUGCCUGACCUGCAGACGCAGGCCGUGCUGCUUCUCGCCUGGCUCGGAGGCACGAAGGGGGGGAAGGACAUCCGCGAGGCGCUCGGCGUCUUUCUGCCAGAGCUCCUGGACGACCAGGCGUAUGUCAACCUCGCUGUGGUGCCUCGCCUGAAGGCCGCAGAGCCACCUGCCGCCGCCCCCACAGUGAACUCGCCGCUGUCUGCGACGCACGCGCCCGCGCAGGGAGGCGAGGCCUCCGCCGCCGCGUCGCCGGGCGUCUGGCGUCCCUCUGAAGGCGCUUUGCGCGCCUCUACGCCCGCGGCCUCGGUGGCGCCAUACUGGCCGCGCGAGUGUAGCUUUCAAGCUGGCUACCAGACGCAUCCCCCGGAUGUCGACUUGUUUUUCAGUUUGUUUCUGAACGAGGUGCGAAGCCGCGGCGCCCAAGCCCUCGAGUUGCUUUGGGUCCUCGUCGGCGGCGUGCUGCUUUACCGCUUACGCGCCGCGGUGAAGCAGCGCUCGCAGUUCACGAUGAGCGGCGCGGUGGCGCGCAGCAAGCUUCUUGCGAAGACUGCGUCGGCGCAGUUCAAGCCUGACCGGCAGGUCCUCGUCCCCUCCGCGCUAGCCGAGCGCUUUCUGGCGCCGCUCGACUUCCGCUCCCUCAAGGGCUUGCGCGGCAAAAAGGGGGCGAAGAUCUCGCAGGCUUUCCCCCACUCCUCGCGCGUCGGUGAUCUUCUCAGUGUGCCGCUCGAGGUGCUCAAGGCGAAGCUCGGCGCCGAAGAGGCUGCGAGUCUUUUCAGCAUGCUCAGGGGCGACCUGGAGGGCGGCGACGCGGUGAAGCCGAACUUGCGCGUCAAGUCGAUGCUCGCGUUCAAGUCCUUCCCAAUCGACGCGGGAAAUCCUGCGCGCCUCGCAUCUGAGAAAGGCGGCCUCGCGCAGUGGUUGUCCGGUCUCUGCGUGGAGCUGCAGCGGCGCACCGAGCAGGAGUUCGUGUCCUACCGCCGCACCCCUAAGACGCUGACUGUCUACUACCGCACGGGCGCGCCGCAGUGGAAUCAGAUCUCCCGGUCGUGUCCACUCGCGCCUGCGAGCUCCCCGCGCGCGGCGCCGACGCUGGAGCAGAUUGAGGGCGCGACGCUGGCGGCCUUGCUGCGUCUCGCGCGGGAAUGGGGCCCCGAGGGGCUGCCCAACUGCUCAAAAAUCGGCAUCGCGGUCUCAGACUUCCUCGAGGACGCUCUACCUGAAGCGACACCCCGCAUCACGCAGUUCUUCGCCAGGAAAAGGCCCCGUGAGUCCGCGGGGACCCCCGCAGAGACGGGGGCCGGGGAGACUGCGCCGGGGGAGGCCGAGGCGUCGCCGCUGCAGAGGCGGAAGCGGCGCGAAACAGCCGAGGGAGAGGACGGGCGAGCGGGGGCGGAGGAGGGACUUGCGGCGGCGACAGUGGGCCUGAGCGAGCCCGGCGCCGGCCGAAGUCCUUUUGCUCAACGGGGUUCAAGCCUGUCCAACGCACACAUGAAAACAGACUUAGGCACGAAAGAAGAACGAGCCGAACGCCCUGCAGGCGCGCGCGAAAGCGACGCUUUCGCGUCGCGACUCGACUCCCGAGGUGGGGAGACCGCGAGCCAGGCUGAGGCGACGGCGGCACCCGACUGCGGCCUUGGAAUGGCCACCCCGAGCGUGCUUGGUCCUCAGGCGGAAGGCCGCGGAGACGGCGGCGGGGGUGCGGCGGGGGAGGUGCCGAGUGCCCAGAUGCCUCAGGCGGGCACAGCGGGUAGCCCAGCGCCGCGCGCGGCUGUCGGCUGCGCGUUGUCGCCGCGGAAGGCCACGCCUUCGAGAGGGCAGAGCCGCGACGCGGCCGCGGACGCUGCCUGCAGUGAGGCGGCGGAGGGCGCGAGGGGCGCGCGGGAGGCUGCUGCAGCAGAGCCCGACGCGCCGGAAGGGCUCCGGGCCGCUGGCGGGCUGAUCGGCGGCCUCGGGAGGGACGCAUGCGUCGCCGACAUCACCCACACCGAGGAAGCAGAAGACUCGCGUGACGGCGGCCUGUGCGCGGGCGAACCGGAUGACGACCUGGACGACGGAUUUCCGUGUCUGCGCGAAGGGCCGCUCGCUGUGGAGGACUUCCCCGCCGAGCCGAGAUGCGUCUCCCUGGACGUGGUGUGCAUUUCAGACAACUCGCAGGACGAAAUGGAGACGCAGCCUUGCGAGCGCGUCCCCGCUUCGCCGAGCGCGGCUCCGUCCCCCCCCGAGGGCGACGCGCGCGGCGAGCUCAGCCGAGAGCGCGAGGCGGGCGACGGCGCCGCGUGCGAGGCUCCCCGGCCGCAGACGAGCGAGAGGCGGCGGCUGAUUUCCGCGGUCUCGCCGGCGGGCGCCUUGCCCGGUCUCCUGGGGGUGGUUAGCUCACCGCCGCGACCGCCCCUCGUGGAGGCGGAAGCGUCGCUGGGCGGCGAUUUUUCGGAGUUGGUGGACGACGAGGACAGCAGCAGACUGCCCGAGACGAUCCCAGUCAGCAGCGACUCAGAGACAGAGAUCGCGCUCGACGACAGAGGAAGGGGCGACGAGGCAGACGGCAAGGCCGGCUCCGUUUGCGUGGCGCCAGCGGCCUCGUCCCCCGCGUCGGCGCGCGCGUCGCCCUCUCGUUCUUUGUCGCCGCGGAGCACGCGGACGCAUGCAGAGGGGCGCCUGAGGCAGAAGACGCUGGAGGAGGCGCCUCUGUCGCGCCCCAAGAGGCGUGAGGACUCUGUGCUUUGCCGGCAGUGCAACACGCUUGUGAAACUGUCAGAUCUGCAGGUUCAUCUCGACGAGCACAUGGCGGCCUUCGUCUUCCAAGAAACGAAUCCGAAGUGUCUCGCAUCCAUGGCUUCGCAAACAAUCGCGCAGAUCGAGGCCUCGCAGAGUCAGCGCGUGCAGGAGCGCCUGCGAAGAGAGCAGCAGUUGCUCGAGGAGGAAAACCAAAUUACGCUGGACGCCUUCAUACGCAAGCGACUCUACGCGAAGAAAGGGAGGCGCUAA